CAAUCAGAGAUUCAGCCACCGAGAGAAGUCUAAAGACAGCAGCGGGCUGCCUCUAGUCUUUUCAGCGUCUCAACACUGUUCGUAUGUGCAACUCUGUAUUACUUUUCUAAUACAUUUUUCAAACAUGGGGACAUAAAUUAAUAAAGACUUUUUCAAUAAUAAAUAAGAUAAAAUACGAAUUAAAUGAUUUUUUACUCAAUUUCGUUAAUUUGGAAAAAUACUUGUGAUAUCUUUUUUAUUAAAAUUAAAUAAGUAAAAUACAAAGUGAUUAGUGAUUAAACAAAGGGUGUUUAAAAUUUAAUCGAUCAUAAAGUGUACUGAUUUGCUGCCGUUGACCAUCAACUUAUCAAUAAUUCACUCAUCAAUCUCUAGUGUGUUUGUCAAUAGUAGAAUUGAUUUCUUUGUGUAUGAAGUAAGAUGAAGUAAACUUGAAUAAUAAUAUGGUCAUAAUUACUUAAAUCCCAGUGAAUAAGUUUGAUAAAAAAUGAAUACAAUUUGACAAAAGCAUUUUGACAAUCGGAAUUGAGCAAUAAAGAGCAUAAUGAGCCUAUUAUUAUUGGAUAACAGAAAAAUGUUAGAAAUCUGGAAUUUAGGGAAAAAAGAUUCCCAACUUACUAGUAUGCUUCUGCAAAGAACAUUGUAUUAAUCCUUCAUCCCUUUCUAUACGCCAAUCAAGAAAGAGCUUCGGAAAUUUCGUAAUCCCAUGGUAUCCUAAUUCAUGGCACGGCUGGAAAUACCAAGUAUUGUCGUGCACAAAGGAAGCAGGUCGCAAAGUCGACCAAGCAGUCCCAUCGGGCCGUCGUCAACUGGGAUGCCGGCUCUUCCAUCGGCUAAGAAUGCACUUGUGACUGGUGCAAUAAACGAAGCUUAUUCAGGUUCGGUAGAUGAUGAGGAGAUGUUAGAUGGGGAUGUCAAUAUUGCUGUUGAAAAUCUAUCAUCAGGGAAUACAAUUAAUCGGCCCACUUCACUUCCUGUGCCAUCUUGUCAACCAUCUCCACCGGAUAAAGAUCCAGAGUCCAACAAUUUUCGCAAUAGGGCAAAUACGAAGGUAAAACUUUUAGUAAGGAGUCAUGCGAUGAGGGAAUCAACAUCACCACCUCGAGAACCACACAACGGCGCUGCGUCGCCUCGAAGUCCUCAAAGUGAUGGAGGCUCGGAGAAAAAACUUGGAAAUGGUGGAUUAUCACCAAAUAAUUCAACUUUGAAAUUAAAUAACAACGAGUCUAUUUACAAUAGUAACCUCGGUGCCGCCCAGUCACCAAAACAAACACGUAAUACUGCAACAUCACCAACGUGUCGUACUCCAUCGAGAAAUGGCAAUUCUAGUCCCCUACAGACACCAAAGAGUGCUAGCACAUCUCCAACAAAUAAUGGUCGUGAUAAAAAUGACAGCCAACGAUCGAAAGCUACCAGUCCUCUUGCUCCAAAGUGCAAUAAUUGCGUGAAAAGUAAUCAAAUAGAAAAACCAGGACUGUUACAAACACCUCAAUCACCGUCCAAAUCAACUGGAAUUCAGUGUUCACCGAAAAAUUCCAAUUUAUCUGGGCAAAAUAAUCACAAUGGACAUAAUUGUCAAUCUAGAUCUGAAAAUAAUCGUAGAUCACUUAGUGUGUGCAAUAAUCAGUGCUCUAAUCAGUGUUCCGGCAAUACCUUAUCAGUUGGCAACCGUACAAGACACAAACUGCGUCAUCAAAAUUCCUCUCAAGGUAGCGGAAGUCUAGACAGUAUGUCACCAUGUUUAUCACGCGAUAGUAGCACAGAAUUGUAUACUGAUAGUACUGGCAUUGAUCUUGAACAAUUUAUCGCAGUGACAAUUAACAGAAAUCAAAAGGAUCGAUCAAUUUUAUUAAAAAUUGAGCGAGAGUUAAUCGAGUUUGCUAAAGAUCGUCAGAAAGUUUGCCAUAAAUUUCCUAAUAUGUCGUCGUACAAUCGGAUGCUGGUUCAUCGGGUUGCCGCAUACUUUGGUAUGGAACAUAAUGUUGAUCAAUCUGGACUUAGUGUUAUUGUCACUCGUACGAAAAAUAUGAGAAUACCAGACACAAGAUUCAAAGAACACAUUAGAGAUGAUUUAAUAUUAGCUGAAGAACCAAGAAGAAGUAUCUUAAAAAGAGAUUCGAGUUCGUUCGAAGAUGGAUACAAUUUUAAAUCGCCCGAUAGACUCUCAGGGGACUAUGGACGACGUAGUAAAAGCUUUGAGGAACGAGAAGAAGAGUAUGAGAAAGCUCGGCGUAGGAUAUUUAAAGAUAGUAGUGGAGAAAGCAGUGAAGUAACUUCAUGGCCUUAUUGGUCAUCUUCAGAGAGUUCUGAUGCAUCAGCAAGAUAUCGACUGCUUCAUUCUUCAGAUCAUCCAUCAAUUCGGCAAACUCGAUUAUCGAAAGGUGAAUCUUGUGAUGGACGAGAGUCAUUUCGUGGUGUUUUACGUCCUUCAGUGUCUAAAUCCUUCAGCUUUGGUGGCUAUACGCGUGGAAUGUUGUCUCGAGGUGAUAGCGUGACGUCUACAAGAAGCGCAAGCGCAAGAUUGACUAAGCAAGACUCAGGAGCAAGUAUGUGUAGCCGAUUAAGUCCUUCAAGUAGUGGGUACAAGUCUCAAAGCCAACGUAGUGAUGCUACUAUUUCUCCUUCUCCAUCUCCAUCACCUAUUCCCACAAUUCCUUGUAAUCAUGGUCAGUCUAGUCAGAACUCUACUCUGGACGUUCCACAAUCAAACGAUACAGUCAUUUGGGCAGUUAGCAACAUCUCCAGUGUCCCUCCAGGGAGUAUUAUCAUGAAUCCUCGUACGAAUCAACCUUACAUUAAUCCUGAUGGUUCAAUUUAUCGCUUUGACCCAGAAAAUCCACCAAAAAUCUUCAACGAUAUUGAAGAAAUCCGGGAAAGCCCUUCUGAAGGGUUAUCGGAUAAAUUUUCUGAUGUUCCGGAGUCUCCAAGACAUUCAGGAAACAAUAAAACUAACAUAAAGAAGCAAAAAAAUCCAUCUAAACUAUCAGGAACUAAUCAUAAUAAUAAUAGUAAUAAUAACAAUAAUAACUCAAAUAAUACAAAUCACAGAGUCACCAAUACUGCUACGUCACCAACUUUACCAUAUUCUGCAAGUUCACCACCUCUUCAAGUUCAAGAAUGUACUCAAUCGGUUGUGAAAAGCCCCAAUGAAUCACAGUCAUGCCCACAUGGAACUUUGAACCAAUCUUUUGGAAAUUAUUCUCAAAAUAGCAGCUCCGAAAUACCCUACAAUCAUCCUCCAGUAUUUCCAGGCUCUCAACCUCAAGGAAUGGUGCUUCAAAGACCCCCAGAUAUGCCUGGCACUCAACAGCCACCACCAACAGACAUUGUUUUUGGCCAAAACUAUGGUAACUAUUCUAUGAUGAUGCAAACUGCCAUUCAUCCUCAAUCAACAGAUGUUGCUGAUUUAUCAGGAUAUUUUAUGGGUAUGAAUGUUUACGAGCAAUCACGCGCUGGCGCCGAAUCUGCUCAAACACCACAAACAUUCUCAGGACCUCCUCCGCCACCUCCUCCUCCGCCUAAUAGUCAUCACAAUAGCCAGAAUACUUCAGGAAUACAAUCAGGAUACUGGCAACCACCACCUCCUCCUCCACCUCCGUCUCAAACUCAGGGACAUCCACAUAAUCAUCCACCAAACCAAAUACCUCCUCAACAUAUGUACUUUGUUCCUCCUUCAGGAUCUGCUUUACCAGUCGGCCAAGCAUCUAAUGAUCGACCUGGAAUUCAACACCAAAGAUUUACCUCCAGUUACACAUAUAAUCCUCAAACCAUGACACCUCCUAAUCAAACAACACCAAACUAUGUCAGUGGGUAUCCAAUUUCAUAUAAUUCAAUGCCAGUUGCCCCUAAUCCCAACGAAUAUCCCUAUCAAAAUCCUCUACCUAUGGUUCCAACUUAUUAUCCUGGUCAACCGGGUAUUCAACCUCCUGUAAUGUGGCGAGUUCCUACCCCUCCCAAUACUCCAACAUCUAAUCAAAUGCCGGGCAUACCCGUCAUGUAUGUCAAUUCUGGAACUUAUCCCCCACCAAUGGUUACUACUGGAUCAUUUAGUCAUCAGUUGUCCAGUGCAACGCCAGCACCUCCACCAGGAACAGUUUAUAUGACACCAUCGUUAUUGCCAAACCUUGUAUUCAGGCAAAAUGUUCCUAUGGUACCGACUGGAAUUCGAACUUCUACACCCUCUGGUUCUCAAAGAACAAGCAGAUCUCCAACACCAGCCCACGAUUUUUGUAAUAAUCCUGCCAAUGGUGGGAAUAACAAUGGGGCUAGUGGUGAUAAUAGAAACGCACAAUCACAAUCGCGUUAUCCACUGCCAAUGUAUCAGGGUCUUCAUAUCGUGCAAGGGGAUAUUAGACUGAUGCAUCCAGGCAUGGCAAAUAAUUCUCGAUUACAAUAUGCCCCUGUAUCAUCUCCACCAGUCGUUCAAGGUUGUCCACGUCCAUUUCGACCACCAUCGUACUCGUCUAAUAAUUCAGGCUGCCCUACUCCAAAUUCAUUUGAUGGACGAAACCAAAAAGUUCGUAAACAAAGGGACCGUGAAGGUGACAAUUACCCGUCGAAACCAACUGGCACAAUAUUAAAUAACGAGAAGAAUAAUAUUAAGAAUGAUCGAAAUUUUGAAAAAAAUAUCCACAAUAAGAAAUUACAUUUUGGUACAAAAACAGAAUGAAGAGUUGAAAAAAGAUAUAAUUAUAAAAAACAAUCUUAUGGACCGAGGAAUAAAUAAUUUAAAAAAUGGCAAAGUAAAUUUAAUAUAAAAUAAUAAAUAAUAUAAUAAAUCGAUUUUACUCAGAAAAAUAAUAAAUGAUUAAAAAGAAAGUUUAAAAUAAAUAAAGAAUAGCUAAAUAAAACAAUUGUAAGUGAAGAAGAAAGCAUCGAAGAGAAUAAGA